CGCCAUUCCGGAAAGAAGAUGGCCGCCUUGUGACUUGUUUGUGAAUAAUUAGAUUGUAAUUUUGUGAGAUUCAUACACAUUUCCAAAUGAUGAAAAGACAACAAGACCGCGAAAGUCCACCACGGACGAAGAGAUCUCGGUCUGUGUAUCAGGAUGAGGUAAUGCGAGAUCGGCUGAGCCCUGAUUUUGAUCGGCGUGACGGUCGCAAUGAUCGUAGUUUUGAUGGUGGCUACAGUCCUCCAAGUGCCAUGCCCCCUGUCAGAUCUGACCCCAAACCGGCACCUGAAUAUAGGUCACUAUGCGUCAGUUGUAUCCCAAGUAAAAUCCCAGAUCCAGUGCUAAAAGAGGCAUUGAUCAGAGAAUUUACUAAAUUUGGAGAAAUGAAUGUGAAAGUUACUAUUUCUGGUGAUCAGCGUGUUGCAUAUGUGAAUUUUCGUUACCCUGAAGAUGCAAGAAAUGCAAGACAUGCUAAGGGAAAAUUGAUCAUAUUUGAAAGACAAGUGCGAGUGGAACCUGUCAUUAAAUAUUACCGGCGACGGAGUACUAGUCCUGAAUUUCAGCGAGAUUUUUAUAAACCAGGUGGUAGGGGAAGUCCGCCACCUCAUUUUAGACAAGGCCCUCCUAGAGGACCCCCUAUGCGUGAAUAUCAACCUAGAGAACAAGUAGUCCCUAAGCAUUUAUCCCCAGGUGAAGUGCCCAGACGGGCUCCCAAUGAAAAGUUUCCUCAUCAUUUAGACCAUGUAGAUCCCGAGUUUGACACCAAGGCUACUCGAACAUUAUUUGUUGGAAAUUUAGAUGUCAACAUCUCGGAUCCUGAUUUGAAACAUAUAUUCGAAAAGUUUGGUGUUGUUGAAGAUAUUGAUAUUAAAAGACCACAAAGAGGACAGGGCAAUGCUUAUGCUUUUAUUAAGUUUAUGAUUUUAGAUGCCGCACAUAAAGCUAAGGUUGAAAUGUCAGGCAAAUAUAUUGGUAGAUUUCAGUGCAAGAUUGGUUAUGGUAAAGUGACUCCUACAACAUGCUUGUGGGUUGGUGGACUUGGUACUCAUAUCAACUAUGACACUUUGGAACGUGAGUUUGAUAGAUUUGGUGUGAUCAAUAAAAUUGAAUGGCCUAGUGGCAAAUCCUAUGCCUAUGUUUUAUAUGACAGUAUUGAUGCAGCCUCAGCUGCUUGCCAAGAAAUGAGGGGUGCCCAGUUGGCUGGUCAGACAAAGCGACUUAGGGUGGACUUUGCUGAUGUGACCCAUAUUGGAUUACCACCUGUUCCACAACCAGAAACGUUUCCACCUCAUGAUGGUGGAUUCAGACCUGAAAAGGUGCCAUGGAAAGGUCCUGAUGAUCGUCGACCAGAUUGGAGUGCAGGACCAGAUGCCAACCAUCCAAGACCAAUAGAACAUGGGCGUAAGCCAGAAUGGGACAGAUAUAGUGAAGACCGGAAUAGACGCCCACGCUCUCCAGAUUUUGGUAAUGGAACUGGACGUAGAACUCCAGAAAGACGUGAAUUCCAUGUUGAGCGUGAGGAUGGUAGAAGAUCAGGUGAAUUUGAUCGUCCAAUUGGAAGAGAUCACAUGUCUGAUUCUGGAAUUACCAAGGAUAUGGGUAGAAAUUAUGACACUCUUGAUGAUGUUAUUCACAACCUUCCAGUUGCAUGGAAUGGUGCACUAAUAUUGAAAAGUAGUGCCUUUGCUGCCAGAAUGCAUGUUCUGGGUGGUGAUGUAACAGUUGUUGACAAUUUGAUGCGAGAUCCCACUACCACAGAAUCUCCUGUCCUUAAAAUAACUCAAAGAUUGCGAUUAGAUCAACCUAAACUUGAUGACGUGUCAAGACGCAUUGCCCAAUCUGGACCUCAUGGUCAUUGUAUAUUAUUGGCUCUGCCUAGUACUUUACAAAACUAUGAUGAUUCAAAUGGAUCAAUUCAACAAAGACCUUUGCGUAAUUUGAUGCAGUAUCUGAAACAGAAAGUGGCUGCAGGAGUUAUCUCCCUUCCCCCUAAUCCUUCACAAGACAAAAAUAAUGUGGGUGUCCUUCAUGCAUUUCCACCCUGUCAGUUUGGCUACAACUUUCUGUUAAAACGUUCACCUAAUCUGCCACCAGAUUAUGAAAUGUUUAAAGAUGACUAUUUAGUUGUUGUUGUUGUUUUAGGUGCAUCUUAAAACAUCAAGCUGGGAUUUUGUCAUUUUCACAGGGUUUUCAUCAAAUGUACUUUCAUUUUAUCAGUUUUUAUACACCUUUUAUUUUUCUUUCUUUUUUCUGUGGACUUAUUGUCACCACACAUGUCAAUACGAACCAAAUAUCUCGCAGAUUUGCUAGAACCAACAGUUUUUUUUUAAAUUUCUGACUAGAAGAAAACAAAAGUAAAUUAAGUUUAAAUAAUUGAUGAGGCAGACUAUUCUUUUUAUAUUUCUGCAGUUUUUUAAAAAUCCUCAAUUGAAGGUUAUUGUAUUGCUAUAAUUAUUUUACAAUUUGUAUCAAUUGUGCUGAAAAUAGAUUUAAAAUAGAUCAAAUUUCUUUCAUUUUGCAAAUUGUCUGAACUUUUACAUUGUAGUAUGCAUAAUUUAGAACAAUCGUAUUAAGCUCUUGUCAAUACUUUUGCUGUUAGUUGAUAAACGGAUAUAUAUAAUGUAUCUUCUUGGUUCAAAUUUGAAUAGUUAUUUCUUAAUUUUUCAUUUCAAAUAUUUUUACAUGUAUUUACAUUUGUUGAAACCCCUGUCUUUUCCUAGACUUAUCAAGUCCUAAAAUUCAUGAUUUGUUUUCUAAACUCGUUUUGUAUAACUUUUUCAACAUUGUUCAUAGUCAAUACCAAAUCUGUUUUGUUUUGCACCUUUUAUUUGCUUUUAUUAUGCAGUAUAUAUAUUUUGUUGAUCUAUGACUUGCCAUGAAAUCUAGAUCAGGGUUGUGAUUGGCAUUUUAUCCAGUUGAAUGAUUAAAGGUCUUGUUUUAUUAAAAAUUGACACAAAAAUCUGAAUUGAGGACAUUGAAAACUAAAUGAAACAAGAUUUUGACUGGACAAAUUUAACUGAAUCCACAACCAUGAUCUAGAUAUUCAAGCCACAUUCUGUACACAACAAAAACCUACUAGUAUAU